GAUCGGCACCGCCGAGGGCAACUGGAGCCUUGUAGCUUGCGUCCUGGGGGCGGCUCGGCACCUCCUGACCCGAAUCCCAUUACCACACACCGAGGUUUGCGGUGGUCAGGCUACUGCCUGCUUCUCGGACAGUCUCCGGGCGAUGUGUGUCCUCCCUAAAGGUGAAGAUAUCAACUGAGCCCCUUUUUCCUACCUCCCCAUCCCAUGUUGGUAUCCUGCCAUCCAUUUUCUCUGCCAACGGGAAGAAAGGAUCAAAAGACAAAGAACAGCAGAAUAAUAUAAUUGAUUGCAGGUUUCCCGAGAGGAGUGUCCAAGUUAUGUUCAGUCUGCACAGGACCAAAUGGUCAAAUUAAUCUGUCACCAGGCGCAAACUAUGGAGAAGACCCCUGUCAGCUGCAUUAUCUCUUUCUGAUUCCACAGUUAUUGAUAGUAGAACAUUUUGAUCUGAAUACAGAGCUGGAAUGCUGUUUGGCAGCAAGUUCUCUAAUGCAUCCAGAUUUGUUAACAUCCACUGAAAACAGCUUGGAUAUUUUUGCACAGGAGGAAAAAACGUCACAUUUGGGGAUACUUUGUUGUGCCUGGAUAUUUUAGACAGAACUAAUCCAGAUGGCUACAUUCCUAUUGAGACCCUCUAAGUCGCUGACUUAUGGUUGCAACUGACCAAAGUAACCAGCUGAAGAAUUAUUUCAGGCCUCUUUCCACUAGAAAAGCCCCUAUUUACCAAGAGUCUUAGCGCAUAGAGGUUUUGAUGGUGAUACAGCUUAUACAGUAUGGCUGCAGGAGUGGCAACCUGGCUGCCCUUUGCCCGGGCAGCAGCUGUGGGCUGGCUCCCACUGGCCAAGAAGCCUAUGCCCAAACCUCCUCUGGACAAUAAACGCCGCCAUGAUGAAAUCUUAGUGGUCAAUGUUAGUGGAAAACGCUUCCAAACGUGGAAGAAUACCCUUGACCGUUAUCCAGAUACCUUGUUAGGCAGUUCUGAGAAGGAAUUCUUUUUCGACGAAGACAGUAAGGAAUACUUCUUUGAUCGGGACCCAGAGAUGUUUCGGCACAUUCUCAACUUCUAUCGUACCGGCAGGCUCCAUUACCCCCGCCAGGAGUGCAUACAGGCCUUUGAUGAAGAGCUAUCCUUUUAUGGAAUCAUCCCAGAGUUGAUCGGCGACUGCUGCUUGGAGGAAUACCGAGAUCGUAAGAAGGAGAAUGCAGAGCGCCUGGCUGAGGAUGAAGAAGCCGAGAAUGCCACGGACACUUCCUUGCCACCAGAUAGCACAUUCCGCCAACAGCUCUGGAGAGCAUUUGAGAAUCCCCACACCAGCACCAUGGCUUUGGUCUUCUACUAUGUGACUGGUUUCUUCAUAGCCGUCUCGGUUAUUGCCAAUGUGGUGGAGACAAUCCCAUGCCGGCCACCUCCUGGGCAGAAGAGAAACAUGUCCUGUGGAGAUCGUUUCCCCAAAGCUUUCUUCUGCAUGGACACAGCCUGUGUCCUCAUCUUCACCUUUGAGUAUUUCAUGCGGCUUUUUGCUGCCCCAAGUCGUUUUAAGUUCAUGAAAAGUGUGAUGAGUAUCAUUGACGUUGUGGCCAUCAUGCCUUAUUAUAUUGGGCUGGUGAUGCCAGAAAAUGAAAAUGUCUCUGGGGCCUUUGUGACCCUGAGAGUCUUCCGCGUCUUCCGCAUCUUCAAGUUCUCACGCCACUCGCAGGGCCUAAGGAUCCUGGGCUAUACUCUUAAGAGCUGUGCCUCUGAGUUGGGCUUCCUUCUGUUCUCCCUCACUAUGGCUAUCAUCAUCUUUGCUACUGUUAUGUUCUAUGCUGAGAAGAGCACAACGGAGACCAACUUCACCAGCAUUCCUGCUGCCUUCUGGUACACAAUUGUCACCAUGACCACACUUGGGUGA